AUGGGUUUGAUUUCGGGGAUUUUGAUGGGGAUGAUCUUCGGGAUUGGUAUAAUGGCGGGUUGGCAACAUAUGAUGAGGUAUAGAAGCCGCAAGCGAAUAGCCAAGGCAGUGGAUGUAAAACAAAUGGCCUCCCUGAACAGGGAUGAUCUAAAGAAAAUAUGUGGCGAUACGUUCCCUGAAUGGAUAUCAUUCCCAGUCUUUGAACAGGUCAAAUGGCUGAACAAACAAUUGGGCAAACUGUGGCCAUUUGUUGCUGAUGCAGGAGAAGCUAUCAUAAAAGACUCUGUUGAGCCUAUUUUAGAAGAUUAUCGACCUCCUGGAAUUUCUUCAUUGAAGUUCAGCAAACUGUCCUUGGGAACUGUAGCUCCUAAGAUUGAAGGUAUUCGAGUUCAAAGCCUUAAAAAGGGUCAAAUUAUUAUGGAUAUUGACCUUCGAUGGGGCGGUGAUCCCAAUAUUGUUAUAGAAGUUGAUGCAGUGGUUGCUUCUAUACCCAUUCAGUUGAAAGAUCUACAAGUCUUCACUGUUAUUCGUGUUAUAUUCCAACUAGCUGAGGAAAUUCCCUGCAUUUCUGCCGUUGUUGUUGCAUUACUUUCUGAGCCAAAGCCAAGAAUUGAUUAUACUUUAAAAGCUGUUGGAGGAAGCUUAACAGCUCUUCCUGGACUUUCCGACAUGAUAGACGACACCGUAGAUUCAAUUGUAACAGAUAUGCUAGAAUGGCCUCACAGAAUCGUUGUACCAAUUGGAGGUGUACCUGUGGAUACUAGCGAUUUGGAGCUUAAGCCACAGGGGAAGCUAACAGUAACUGUAAUGAGGGCUACAAACUUAAAGAACCAAGAAAUGAUUGGAAAAUCUGACCCAUAUGUGGUCGUGUAUAUUCGUCCACUGUUUAAGUUUAAGACAAAAACCAUUGACAAAAACCUAAAUCCUGUUUGGGAUGAGACAUUUGAGUUGAUUGCAGAAGACAAGGAGACUCAGUCUCUUCUCCUAGAGGUCUUUGAUGAAGACAUUGGAGAAGAUGAUCGAAUGGGUGUCACGAAGUUGCCUCUGAAUGAGCUUGAAUCUGACACUCCAAAAGAAAUUGAAUUAAGGUUGCUGCCAAAAUUUGAUAUGCUCAAAGUCAAAGAUAAGAAGGAUAGAGGAACUAUUACCAUCAAGAUACUGUAUCAUGAAUUCAACAAGGAAGAGCAACUAGCAGCUGUGGAGCAAGAGAAGAGGAUCACAGAAGAAAGGAAGCAACUAAAAGCAGCAGGAGUAAUUGGAAGCUCAAUGGAAGCCCUUGAUGGUGCAGCAGCAUUAGCUGCUUCAGGUGUUGGCGCAGCAGGCAGUGGCAUUGGUGCAGGGCUAGGUGCUGGUGUAAGGGUAGUAAGAAGUGGCCUAAGCAAAACAAAAAAGUUUAUGGGAAGAACCUUCACAGGACAAUCAACCAAUCACAAGAAAGGUGACUCUCCUCCAGCAAAUGUUGUUCAUCAAGAUUAAGUAUAUACAGCAGUUCCUUUUUGCAGUAUAUAUAGAUUUUCUCUAAUGAUUAGUUGUUUUUUGAGUUAGAUCUUUAGUGUUUGAUACCCUAUGUUGAUUCAAUGUGACAAUGAUGCUUAUUUCUAAAGAUGGAAAUCAAGCUGUUCAUCCAAACGAACAUUUAUAUAAAUACUGCUAAAGGCUUUAGUGA